AGGGCAACCACGCACGGCACGUACGGCGACGCAGAAGGCGACGUCCAAGCGCGUCGCCCCGCCUUACCCGGAAGUGGGCCGUUUGUGAGGCGGUUGGGACGGAGCCGAGGCCGCGCCGCCUCUCUCUCUUUCUCUCUCUCUCUCCGUCUCGACCGAGGCCUCGCCGGCGUCCGGGAUGUGAACCUUCGGCCUCGGAGCUCCCUUCAGAUCGCGCGCCCCUUGGACCAUGGAGCCCUCGGCCUCGGGCGUCUUCUGCAGCCGGGUGCUCAGCAUGGUCAACUCGGAGGAUGUCAACGCCAUCAUCCUCGCACAGAAAAACAUGCUCGACCGCUUCGAGAAAACCAACGAGAUGCUGCUCAACUUCAACAACCUCUCCGCCGUCCGCAUGCAGCAGAUGAACGAGCGCUUCUUGCACCACACUCGGACGUUGGUGGAGAUGAAGAAGGACCUGGACAGCAUCUUCCGGAGAAUCAGGACACUGAAAGGGAAGCUGGCCAAACAGUACCCGGAUGCAUUUAGCAAUAUUCACGAAUCCCCCAUCCUGGACGACGACGACGACGACUUCACCCCGGUCCCCAAGAGCACCGCCACCACCAUCGCUACCUCGGAGCAGAGCACGGAGUCUUGCGACACCAGCCCGGACAUCAUCUCCCCCGCCACCAGCCACGACUUCGAGGACCUGUCCCAGGGCCCGUACGACUCUCCGGCCGUCAACGGUCAGAGCGUCACGGACGACGACAACGAGACGGACUAGGACGGAGGCUCCCUGGCCGUCAACAGUUAGAGCGUCAGGGACGACAACAACGAGACGGACUAGGAGGGAGACUCUCUAGCCAUUCACGGAUGACAACAACGAGACGGACUAGGAGGGAGACUCUCUGGGACAAAAACAACGAGACGGACUAGGAGGGAGACUCUCUAACCAUUCACGGACGACAACGAGACGGACUAGGAGGGAGACUCUCUGGGACAAAAACAACGAGACGGACUAGGAGGGAGACUCUCUAGCCAUUCACGGAUGACAACAACGAGACGGACUAGGAGGGAGACUCUCUGGGACAAAAACAACGAGACGGACUAGGAGGGAGACUCUCUAGCCAUUCACGGACGACAACGAGACGGACUAGGAGGGAGACUCUCUGGGACAAAAACAACGAGACGGACUAGGAGGGAGACUCUCUAGCCAUUCACGGACGACAACAACGAGACGGACUAGGAGGGAGACUCUCUGGGACAAAAACAACGAGACGGACUAGGAGGGAGACUCUCUAGCCAUUCACGGACGACAACAACGAGACGGACUAGGAGGGAGACUCUCUGGGACAAAAACAACGAGACGGACUAGGAGGGAGACUCUCUAGCCAUUCACGGAUGACAACAACGAGACGGACUAGGAGGGAGACUCUCUGGGACAAAAACAACGAGACGGACUAGGAGGGAGACUCUCUAGCCAUUCACGGACGACAACGAGACGGACUAGGAGGGAGACUCUCUGGGACAAAAACAACGAGACGGACUAGGAGGGAGACUCUCUAGCCAUUCACGGACGACAACAACGAGACGGACUAGGAGGGAGACUCUCUGGGACAAAAACAACGAGACGGACUAGGAGGGAGACUCUCUAGCCAUUCACGGACGACAACAACGAGACGGACUAGGAGGGAGACUCUCUGGGACAAAAACAACGAGACGGACUAGGAGGGAGACUCUCUAGCCAUUCACGGACGACAACAACGAGACGGACUAGGAGGGAGACUCUCUGGGACAAAAACAACGAGACGGACUAGGAGGGAGACUCUCUAGCCAUUCACGGACGACAACAACGAGACGGACUAGGAGGGAGACUCUCUAGCCAUUCACGGACGACAACAACGAGACGGACUAGGAGGGAGACUCUCUAGCCAUUCACAGACGACAACGAGACGGACUAGGAGGGAGACUCUCUAGCCAUUCACGGACGACAACGAGACGGACUAGGAGGGAGACUCUCUGGGACAAAAACAACGAGACGGACUAGGAGGGAAACUCUCUAGCCAUUUAUUUUCAGUCCAUAUUUCCGCGUCGUCCGGGUCAAAUGUUUCCGGGAGAUACGGAGACGCCGCUUUCUGCACGAGUCCGCCCGUCGUCUUCCUAACAGUUGUGAGCUGCGAUUUGUUUACGUCUGCAUCCUUUCCUCCAUCCCUGGCUCUCUCUCUCCUAACAAAUGCACCUUAUAAUAACUACCUGAAGGAUUUUCUCCCCGUUGCAUUUGCCUGCGCUGUCGUGUGUCACGUUUCCAACUCUGUCCCGACCGUCUUCAAUGCCUUUGUUUACUCUGUGUGCCCGUGUUCUGUUUUAGACCCCUCUCUUGUCUUCACAUUUUCAUCUCCCUUGCCAGACUGUGGUACAAACUACUUGUCUCUCCCUCGUCCACUGUCAUCUCUCCAAAAUGCAUUCUAAUUCAAAUAAAAUAUUUUUGUACUGCUAUGAGUUUACAGAGGUGGCGAACGGAGGUAAAUAACCAAUAAACGACUUAAGUUAAUUGAUA